AUAUAAUACUUAGUACUGUACUUAUGUGUUAUGGCAGUAACAGUAACAGCAGCAGUAGUAAUGGUAUCAAUUGUCGGCUAUUUGGUUAUGGAUUUUAUAUGAAAUAUAUUAUAUUUAAUAUUAUUUUAUUUAUUUGAUUUAAUUUUCAUUGUUUUUAAUUAUACAUUGAUUGAUUAUUUUAUUUGAUAUAUACAACAUACAAGUAUUUUAAGUAUUAAAUAUAAUAAAAAUAGUUAAAAAUGUCAUCAGAUGAAGAGAAACCACCCGCACCGCCAGUUAGAUUAACAUCAAAUCGUACAAUUUUAAAUAGUUCAAAUAAUACAAGUAGUUUGGUUGGUUCUACAGAUACAAUUGAUAGGCCAUUACCUAAAGAACCAGAUGAUAUUGAACGUAGUAAAAAGAAAACAUUAAAAUCUAAAAUAAAAAGUAGUAAAAUGUCAUCUAUACAUCAUAAUUCAGAUAAUAAACCAAAUAUAUCAUAUCCAACAAACUUUGAACACACUGUACAUGUUGGAUUUGAUGCUGUUACUGGUGAAUUUACGGGGAUGCCAGAAGCAUGGGCACGUUUAUUAAUGCAAUCAAAUAUCAGCAAACAAGAACAAAAAUCAAAUCCACAAGCUGUCUUAGAUGUUUUAAAUUGGUACGAUGCAAGUAGCAAAGAACCAAUCACAUCUAAAUAUAUGACUAAAACGGUUCCACACACAACACAUUCUGGUUCAUCUAUUUCACGUGUAUCAAGCUCUUCACCAUCAAGUACAACACCAACAGAAGCUGAAUGUUUAAUACUAACAACAACAACACCAACACCAGCUCCAGCUGUAUCACCUACUAUUACUACUACAACAACUACAACAAAUAACUUGGUUGGUAUUGGUGGUAUAACAUCAUCCUCAUCAGCAACAACAUUAUUACAACAACAACAACAACAUCAUCAUCUGCAGUAUGAACAAGACGAUGAUGAACCUGCACCCCCACCGAUAGCAUCUAGACCCGAACGUACUAAAUCUAUUUAUACAAAACCAAUUGAUGAUAACAAUGUAACAUCAACCACAAACAGUAUUAUACAACAACAACAGAAUUAUCAUCAUCAUCACCAACAACAACAAUUAAUAACAUCAGCAUCAACAACAACAAUACCAUUAAUAACAACAUGUUCAACUGGUGGUGUUACAACAAUAUCACAACCUCAACAACAAACAGUGUUAGAUCGUAAUAAAAAUCAACAACAACAAGCAACUAGUGAUCAACAGCCACAACAACAACAAUCACGUAAUACAUCUGAUAAACAGCGUAAGAAGAAAAUGUCUGAUGAAGAGAUAUUAGAGAAAUUACGUACAAUUGUUAGUGUGGGUGAUCCAAAUCGUAAAUAUACGAAAAUGGAGAAAAUUGGACAAGGUGCUAGUGGUACAGUUUAUACGGCAAUAGAAACAUCUACGGGCAUGGAAGUAGCAAUAAAACAAAUGAAUUUAUCACAACAACCUAAAAAAGAAUUAAUAAUUAAUGAAAUAUUAGUGAUGAGAGAGAAUAAACAUUGUAAUGUUGUUAAUUAUUUAGAUUCGUAUUUAGUAUCAGAAGAAUUAUGGGUAGUUAUGGAAUAUUUACCGGGGGGUUCAUUAACAGAUGUUGUCACUGAAACGUGUAUGGAUGAAGGACAAAUAUCAGCUGUAUGUCGUGAAGUAUUGCAAGCGUUAGAAUUCUUACAUUCAAAUCAAGUGAUACAUCGUGAUAUUAAAUCAGAUAAUAUAUUAUUAGGAUUAGAUGGAUCAGUGAAAUUGACUGACUUUGGUUUUUGUGCACAAAUAAGCCCUGAACAAUCAAAAAGAACUACAAUGGUUGGUACUCCUUAUUGGAUGGCACCAGAAGUUGUAACUCGUAAACAGUAUGGACCUAAAGUGGAUGUAUGGUCAUUAGGAAUAAUGGCAAUUGAAAUGAUUGAAGGUGAACCCCCAUAUUUAAAUGAGAAUCCAUUACGUGCUUUAUAUUUAAUUGCAACAAAUGGCAAACCAGAUAUUAAAGAUAAAGAUAAAUUAUCACCAGCAUUUCAAGACUUUUUAGAUCAAUGUUUAGCUGUGGAUGUUGAUAAACGUUCAUCUGCUAGAGAUUUAUUAAAACAUCCAUUUUUAAAAUUAGCACGACCAUUAGCAAGUUUAACACCAUUAAUAAUGGCUGCCAAAGAAGCAGCCAAAAGUCACUAGCAUUUAUAUUUAUAUAUAUACAUAAUUAUAUUUUAUUUAUAUUAUA